UGAAAUUUGUCUGCUUUUCUGCCAGAAAGAACUUGCGGUGCCGUCAACUCGUGGUUAAGGACGCCUAAUAAAGAGUUUAUAAUUAUUAAUUCACAAUGAAGAGAAAACUCCCCGUCAAUGAAUCCAGCUCUGAUAGCGAUGAAAGUGAAGUUGAUUCUGAUGAAGAGCUGCUAGAAGCCUAUCAGAGAGGCGAGGUGCAACCCGGACUGAACCAAAAAGAAGAAGUUGCACGGACGUUUACCAACAACACUACCUUGCUGAAUUCGAAGCUAAGCGAUAUACAUCUGAAGUUGGACUGGGUUGAAAGACUUGACUUGACCACAUCACUAGAGCCAAUUGUUGAUAGCAUUCUCAAUGGCAAAGAGGAUACUGAACCACAGUACAAGAUUGAAACUCCUGGAGACAGAAUCGUCGAUGAUCUGCAGAGAGAAACACUGUUUUACCGCCAAGCACAGAGUGCUAUCAUUGAAGGGCUUGCCAGACUCAAAACACUAGGAAUUCCCACAAAAAGACCAGAAGACUAUUUUGCUCAAAUGGCAAAAUCUGACGAUCACAUGUUGAAGGUCAAAAGGCGAGUUCUUACACAACAGAUGGCCCAGGAAAAAUGUCAGAAAGUUAAAAAACUCAGAGAGCUCAAGAAAUAUGGUAAAAAAGUCCAAAUUGAAGUUGGUCUUCAACGCGCCAAGGAGAAGAAGGAGCUCCUUUCCAAAGUCAAGCAAUACCGCGAAGGCAAAUUGGCUUCACUCGAUUUCCUCGACGAUGACGGCGGCAAGAAGAAAAACAUGGUCGAAAUCACCAAGCAAAAGACGAAGGAAAGGAACGAAUCCAAAGUCUUUCAACCCAUGAGCAAAGGCCCAGUCAAAGGCAAGGGGAAAGGCAAGGGUGCCGUGAAGGGUAGAGGAGGCAAAGGUGAUAAACGCGCGUCGAAAGAAAACAAAUUUGGCUUUGGUGGCAAAAAGAGCGGUUCAAAGAAGAACAACAUGAAAAAAGAUUCCGGCAACGACAGAAACAGCAAAGCAGGACGAGGUGGACCCGGCGGCCGAGCGAAACAAGGAGGAGGCAAGAAAGCCAAAGGUGGUGGUGGUGCCCGUAAACGUUAAAAAAAAACUAAAUGUUUAAACGACUUGCUUUCCAAUGAAUUAAACGAUGUGACACAGUAA